UAUGGGCUCAGAUAUCCGCGGCCGUUUUUGCUCGAGCAUUCUCGCAGAGGCUGUGCUUGCAUGCCGUUGUUUGCGGAAUAAGAUGCGCAGGUGUAGGUGAUGGAGUUGCCCCCGGCUACAGUUCGGCUGCCUGGCGGGGCGGACCCGCACUCGCCCGAGUUCCUGGCCGCCGUCUCCACCGCCAGUCUCGGCCUCCUCGACGCCCUCGGCGCCGACGCGCUCUGCGGGGCCGAGGCCGCCGAGGGGCGCGCCGGCGGCAAGAGGCUGCCUCAGUACCGCGUGGCGCCCGAUGGGAAGCUGUACACCAGGGCGGAGUUCGUGGAGUUCUUCGGCGGCCUGGCGGAGUGGCGCGCCGCCGCCCCGCCCCCCGGCACCAUGCCGGGGCCCCGGGCAGCCCGUCCGCCGCGGCAGGGCCUCGAGGUCUCGCUCGCAGCGUCAGGGGGUCAGAGCCCCGAAUUAUGAGGGGUAACUCGGGUCAAGGAUAACUCGGG